AUGGGCGGCUGCUCAGGGGAUGAUAUGUGCUCGCUGCACACAGUUGCCCACCCGCACGACACGAGAGAUGUGAGGGCGCGCGCGCUUGGCGGUAGGUGCAUUUUUUCUAUCCUUCCUCGACCCUUAGGCCCGCCGCGCCUUGGACUCGUCUCGCCCGCGGCCGAUCUCCUCCGUCCGCUCGCCGCGCCGCAACCCGGAGAGGAGACUGAGCUCGGUCGAGCACCACCUGGGGCCCAGCGUCCUCGCGACCAUCUCCGGCACGGCGUCCGCACUCUGCAGCCUCGGUGUCCCUGCGACCGUCGCUGCUGUCCUGCGUCGCCACUCGCCACUUUGGCCGGCGACGAGCACCACCAGGACACUAGUGGGAAGCCCGCAAUGCCUAGCUUAGGGGGCCAGGGUGAGGAAGAGCAUGGGGAGAAGGGCAAUGAGGACAACUCAGGGGAGAGCGAGGUGAUCAACCCGCCAGAAGAGGCUAGCGGGGAGGCCACCUCGCCUAUGGAGGGCAGGAAGCCUCGCCUUGGACUUUCCAAGGGGAAUCAAAGCCAUGGACCUAAGGCUAUCAAAUCCAAGAGCCCAAGGAGUGGAGAUGAAGGUCAGGCAAGGAGAAAAGGGGUGAAUUCUUCUCUUCCUAAGGCACCCAUUGUCCAGGUGUCCCAUGGUGACGCUGGUGUCGGCAGUAAUAAAGCUGGCAAGAAUGAAUCUCGCUCAUCUCCCAUGGAUGCAACAUUGCUGGAUGACUCCAAGGAGAAAAGGAAAACUCAAAAGCCAUCAGCACAGCUCUCUUCCAUCAAAAGAGAUGAAGAACAGUCAAAUGGUGAGAGUGCAAAACCUCGAAAAGUUGGCAGCACUCCAUCAUAUGGUUUCACCUUCAAGUGUGACGAGAGAUCUGAAAAAAGAAGAGAGUUCUAUUCGAAGCUUGAGGAGAAGAUUCAAGCAAGAGAGUUAGAAAUAAGCAAUUUGCAAGAGAAAUCAAAGGAAACUGAAGAAGCAGAACUCAAAAUGUUGAGAAAGAGUUUGAAUUUCAAGGCAACACCAAUGCCAAGCUUCUAUAAGGAACCAACUCCUGCCAAGGUUGAAUUGAAAAAGACCCCCCCAACCAGAGCUAAAUCACCAAAGCUUGGUCGUUCUAAAAACAAGUCCACACCAGAGACUGAAGAAAAUACUACUAUGGACCAAUCUGCCCGUCUGAGCCUUGAGGAAAAGGUUUCUCAAAAUGGUGUGAAAAAAUCAACCCCGUUGAAUUCAGCAAAGAAGCCCCAGAGGAAGUCACUCCCCAGACUGCCAUCUGAAGAAACUGGUCCGCUCGAUGCCACCUCAAGGCAGCUAAAGAACACCAAACUGAAUGCAGUUAAUACUCAGGAGACAGGAUCUGCUACAGAACAGGUACAAGGAAGUGAGACGAAAACAGAUUCUGUUCAGGGGCCAAUUGAAGCUGGAGCUAAUCCUGAUGAACAAGACGUCGCCGAACAGAGUGUCGUUUACUGAAGAUCACGGUGACCAAAAUCAACUGAUUUGUGAUGGAUGGUGGUGUGCCUCAUCUUUGUAUAAUAUUGUGCUUGCCUGCUAGAGUACCUUGUGCCUGUAUUAUGUUAUGUGAUAUAUACUCCUGUUUGUUUUCCUGGAAUUGAGCCUUGUAUGCUGUUUAUCAA